ACGACAGUUUACAUCAACUUGUUAGACGUUAAUGACAACGACCCGGCCUUUGAAAGAGAUAGAUAUUACACAUUCGUGUGGGAAGGGGUGCCAAUUGGAACCUUUGUUACUCAGAUAACGGCCACGGAUGCUGAUAGUGGGAAGAAUAGCAGACUUUUGUAUGACAUCACUUCCGGCAAUCCCGACGGCGCCUUCAUCAUCGACCCGCCUAGUACCGGAAUAGUGAAAACGAGGAGAGGGAUUGAUAGGGAAUCCAGGGACGUCUACAGGCUGGUGAUAUCGGCCAGGGAUAGUGCGGAUAUACCUAGGAGUGCAAGUGUCAUCCUCAAAGUGCACGUGUUCGACGCCAAUGAUAAUGCACCGGAGUUUGUCGGACUUGACGAUGUGGUUGUCGUGAAAGAAGGUUGCUCCCCCAUCGGGAGUGAGGUAUUCACCGUCAGGGCGGCCGACAGAGAUGGGGGC